CAGCAAUACGAGACAACCGAAGCGGGGAUCGACGAAUCCGGUAUUGGUGUUUGUGGCCGCGUCAUCAUAAUGCUGGUAGCUGCUGGCGUUUAAACAAUACGAAUUGGCUAUUCGAGAUGGACGUGAUAGCAUAUAAUCAACACGAAACCAAUAGCAUUGCGAGCAGUACCGACGGCGCCGAGACUCAAUAUGACGAGGAGAGCGUGCCUGACCUCGAUGUCGACAGGGACCUGCUGUCGAUCGACGGUGACAAACGGAACAAGCUGCCCUUACGUAGAAGCUUGUUUGACAACGUACCGCCUUACGUCGCCUUUCAGCCGUUCGACAGCAAAGCCGGUUCGGUACUGCCGUACGAAGUGACGAUGCAUCUCAAGUGGCAUCUCACCACGAUAACACCGAUAUUAGUGCGUCGCAUCGUCACGAAUUCCGGUUAUCGGCUGAUGAAGAAGUGCCGACACUGGUGCGGCACCUGGGGCAAGCAUAUGAAGUCUAUCUGCUACAAGGGCUUGAAGGAGUCGCAGAAGGUCAACCACUUUCCAGGCACCUUCCAGAUCGGCCGGAAGGACCGGCUGUGGUGCAAUCUCAGCAGGAUGAUGGCGAAGUACGGCAAACGGGAAUUCGGCUUCGUGCCGCGCACCUACGUCCUACCUCAGGACCUGCGUAUUUUCCGUCAGGUGUGGGAGAAGAACGGCGGCAAGGAGAAGUGGAUCAUCAAGCCGCCGGCAUCCGCACGCGGCACCGGGAUCCGCGUGGUCCAUCGCUGGUCCCAGAUACCAAAGAAACGCGCCGUCAUCGUCCAGCAGUAUCUGUCGCGGCCGAUGCUGAUACGCGAUGCCAAGUUUGACCUGCGGCUCUACGUGUUCGUCACCAGUUUCAAUCCGCUUAGGAUUUACAUAUAUCCGGACGGCCUCGUGCGCUUCGCCUCCGUCAAGUACAACGACGACAUCAACUACCUCAGCGACCGUUUCAUGCAUCUCACCAAUUACAGCAUCAAUAAGACCAGCGCGACCUACACCAGUAACGAUUGCGCGGAUUCCAGCACCGGUCACAAGUGGACCUUGAGAACCCUGUGGUCUUAUCUCGAGCAGGAGAACGUAGAUACUGUCAAGAUAUGGGAGUCAAUAAAGGAUAUAGUUAUCAAAACGAUGAUAGCUGGCGAAUCUUCUAUCAAUACUCUAACAAGAGCCAAUACAACUUCGAGGUACUGUUGCUACGAGCUUUUCGGGGUCGAUAUUCUUCUGGAUGAGAAUCAGCGACCAUGGUUACUUGAAGUAAACAUAUCGCCCUCUCUACAGUCUUCCUCGCCUCUCGACAUCGCGGUCAAGGGGCCCCUCAUUAGAAACCUCUUUAAUAUAGCCGGAUACCAACUGCCCACAUGCAUACCGGCGGAGGAAACUGCGAAAUUAGCCCAAAGAUAUCAAUUAGAUUCGGUGUGCCAAGAUUACAGACUGCAUCGAACUACCCUUAGCUAUCAGGAACGACACAAGCAGUCCAUGUAUGCGAACCUGAGAAAUCGGGAAUAUUAUCUUGAUCAGAUAAUCGACGAUCUUACGCCUGACGAUGUAAGACACUUGAUUAUCUACGAGGACGAGUUAACACAGUCGGACAGAUUCGAGAGGAUUUUCCCUACUACUACUAGCCAUCAAUACUUGCAGUACUUCGAUGUUCCGAGAUAUUACAAUAUGUUAUUCGACGCGUGGGAGACGAAGCACGGUGACAAUCGGGAGGAGGGAAUCUCCCGAUUGCAGAAACUGUGCAAGACUAAAUAUCACCUUGAACAAGUUUUUUAGAUAGUAAUCUUUUUUUCAUAUGCCAUUUACAACGAUGGUACCGACAUCAAAGAAAUACGGGACGACAUUGUUCCCGUAAUCGACGGGAAUCGCUCCCUUAAUCGUGUGGAAUGUCCUUGUUGUUUCGCAUGCACGCUUUGAUGUAUACGGGUAAAUGUACCAUUUCCACGUCCGUUGGUUUGUCAAGGAACCAAUUUCAUUAUGUGCCUUUUCCCACGGUUGUGCAAAUUUACUUUAUGGUAUGAAAACUUUGUCUUUAAUAAAAAAAUUUUUAUUAA